AUGGGUUCGCCAAGUAUUGCGACGAGCCAUGCCAAAGAGCGUCAACUGAGGUUCGAUGAGCUAGUGAAUGCUCUUCUAUCUGAUCCGCCGUCAAAGUUCGACCCGUUUCGUAUUUACCGCAGUCACUAUACGUCCGACAAUAUUGACAUAGGGGUUGAUAUACUUCUUCCAAAGAAGAUGAAGCCCCAAGGCCCAAGGCCUGUGAUUGUACGAAUUCACGGAGGGUUUCUUGUCACCGGCUCGAGCCUUUUCCCCGCUUGGUUCACGAAGUGGAUUUUGGACUACGCUGAACUCCACGAUGCCGUGAUUAUCAGUCCCAACUAUCGUUUGCUCCCCGAAGCCAAAGGAGUUGACAUAUUGCAAGACCUGAAUAACUUUUGGUCAUGGCUCAGCACCGGUGUCGAGCAAUCGCUAGCAAGCGUCGGGUUGAGCAACAUCAAGCUUGAUCUUGGUCAAUUGCUGGUUGUGGGCGAAAGCGCCGGUGAGUUGAAGCUUCUGGGCCAGAAACAGCGACUGAACUGA